GUCCGAUUCAUCCAUACCGCAGCGAAUCCCAACUCUCCCUUGACCAGACCUGCCUGAUUCGUCGCAGUGCAGCUGCAACACCCCGGACUUGCGCAAGCAGGGCCCAGUAUUUGCCUCUACACGACAAGAACGUAGCCAAUGUCCGUAACCAUAGCACGCGAUCGGCAUGCACCGAACAUUCGCCUAGUUCCCCUGCCGUUUCGAAGUGACCUCCAGCGACCACCAUGGUGCUGCUCUAGUCAUUUCUUGACGAGGCUUAAAUAGCCCUCAAGUCCCCUCAUGCCUCUCAAUGUGCGCGUGUGCUGCUUCCUUGUCUUUGACACGUCUCUCCACCUGCCUUGCCCAAAAUGCACAUCUUUGCCUCUGUUCUCUUGACUGCUGUCGCUGCCCGGGAGGCCUUUGCCUCUCCGGUCCGCGCUCGAUCCCCUUAUCUUGUCAAGGAAACACACCCUUCGCCCCGAGGAUGGACCAGGCUUGAUCGUGCACACGGUGGAAAGACGAUUCAGCUGCAAAUUGGUCUUAAACAAGGCCGAUUUGACGAGCUCGAUCGCCAUCUUCAAGAGGUUUCUGACCCUGACCAUGCUCGUUAUGGCCACCACCUCAGCGCCGAUGAGGUGGAUAAGCUCGUUGCGCCUAGCUCGGAAACCUAUGACUUGGUUCACGAGUGGCUUCGCGAGAACGGCGUCAGCACCGACAACAUGGCCUACAGCUCCGCCAAGGACUGGAUCAUCGUCCAUCUACCCAUUGAGAUGGCUGAAAGCUUGCUUGACACCGAGUACCACACCUACAAGCACAAGGAUGGCUCCCUUGUCGCACGUACCACCUCGUGGUCUCUGCCGCGUCACUUGCACGAUCACAUUGAUACCGUUCAGCCAACUACCUCUUUUUUCCGUGGUGCGGCUAACGAGGCGACCUAUAUCAACGAGGCUGCUGAAGUGCCUGCGAGCUACAAAACCCCCUCAGACGCUUCCAUCUCUGCUGUCUGCAAUGUGACCUCUGUCACACCAGAGUGCUUCCAAACUCUUUACAAGACCAAGUGGUAUCAGACCAAGGCCAGCAACAAGAACAGUAUUGGCUUCACCAACUACCUUGGCGAGAUUCCUAUCCGUCCAGACGCCAAGCUGUUCCUGGAAAAAUACCAACCCGCGGCUGUUUCACAAGCCUAUGCUUUCAAGGCAAUCUCUAUUGACAACGGCCCUGUUCAAGAUGGUCCCUUGACAGCCAAUCAGUCCGCCAAUGGUAUCAGCAUGGAAGCCAACUUGGAUGUGCAGGCCAUUGCUGGAAUCAGCUACAAGACGCCCAUCACCUCAUUCUCGACGGGUGGCGAGCCUCCUUUCAACCCAGACAUUAACACGCCAACAAACACCAACGAACCCUACCUUGUCUGGGUCAACUGGCUCCUGAACCAACGCUCGAUUCCCCGCAUCAUUUCCACCUCUUAUGGUGAUGAUGAGCAGACUGUCCCCCGCUCCUAUGCCGAGCGUGUCUGCCGUCAAUUCGCCCAAGUCGGUGCACGAGGAACAACUCUCUUCUUCUCCUCGGGCGACCACGGCGUCGGUGGCACAAACACAUGCUUCACCAAUGACGGCAAGAACAAGGCCCAAUUCUUGCCUUCGUUCCCCGCUUCCUGCCCCUAUGUCACUGCCGUCGGCGCAACUAUGAACUUUGAGCCAGAGGAGAGUGCAUACCGCCCUUCGCGCAACACAUCUGCCGGUUUCCGCGACCUGUACUCCAGCGGUGCUGGCUUCAGCAACUACUUUGCCCGCCCCUCGUACCAAGAUGGCGUUGUGCCCAAGUACGUCAAGAGCCUCGGCAACGCGUACGAGGGCCUGUACAACAAGACUGGCCGUGGAUACCCCGAUCUCUCUGCCCAAGGCCUCUUCUUUGCCUACUUCUGGAACGGCACCGAGGGUAUCAUUUCUGGUACUUCGGCUUCGUGCCCCUUGACUUCUGGUAUCUUUUCGCUCGUCAAUGACGCCCUGAUCGCCUCUGGCAAGCCCGCGCUUGGUUUCUUGAACCCCUGGCUGUACAAGAAGGGAUACAAGGGCCUUACCGACAUCAAGAAGGGAUUCAGCUACGGAUGCAACGUUCAGGGUUUCCCUGUUACCGAGGGCUGGGAUCCUGUUACUGGAUUCGGUACGCCUGAUUUUCCCAAGCUGCUCCAGCUUGCUGGUGCAGACAAGUAAAUGUACUUCUUCUUUUUUGAUGAGGUAGAAAAACCCUUUAGGCAUGGAAAAAAAAAGGAGGCAUCUAUAUGUAAAUAUGAGUAUAUUUCACCAGGGCUAGCUUAGGCUGUGUACGUAAUCAUGAAAUGAAAUCAAUCACAACAU